CCAUUCUCAUCCCCAUCCCUAUCCCCACCGUCAUCACCAUCCUCAUCCCCAUCCUCACCAUCACCACCAUCCUCAUCACCAUCUCCGUCAACGUCCCCAUCCCCACCAUCAUCACCAUCAUCACCACAUCGAAAUACCACCACCAUCGUGACCACCGUUACCCUUACCAUCACCUUUGCCUUCACCAUUACCAUGACCGUCACCAUGACCAUCAUCAUCACCAGUACCAUGGCCAUCACCAUCAUCAUUACCAUCACCAUUAGCAUCGAAAUACCACCACCAUCACCAUCAUGA